AUGAUGCCAAUCACUGUGACGAUGGAGGCUCUCCCCAAAGCCCUGGAGGUCGACGAGAAGUCUCCUGAAUCCAAGGACCUGCUGCCCAGCCAGACUGCCAGCUCGCUGUGCAUCAGCUCCAGAAGUGAGUCUGUCUGGACCGAAGCCCCCAGGAGUAACUGGGAGAUCUACCGCAAGCCCAUCGUCAUCAUGUCCGUGGGCGGCGCCAUCCUCCUCUUUGGCGUGGCCAUCACCUGCUUGGCCUACACCCUGACUCUGGGUGAUAUGAGCCUUAAGGUCCUUAAGAUGACAGGGCCUGCGUUCCUGUCCCUGGGACUCAUGAUGAUGGUGUGCGGGCUGGUGUGGGUGCCCAUCAUCAAGAAGAAACAGAAGCAGAGGCAGAAGUCCAUGUUCUUCCAGAGCAUCCGGUCCUUCUUCUUAAAUCGCUGAUGGUGGCCUCCCCUGUUGGCCUCCCCUCGUCCUGCACCUCAACCAGGAGGAGAUCUGAUGACCAACAUCCAACAGCCCAUCACCUUGGUGGUGGGGUUUGCCAUAAAAGUGAUCCCACUUCCAGGAUCUGAGGGAAACAGAGAGCUCGGGACUCCACCCUCCAUGUAGUGAGGGCGCAUUGCUGGAUGCAUCCAUUUAGUGUCUUAUCACCGAUGCUCCCCUAGAUCCUGCCCGCAGCCAUCCCCUUUCAUGGCUCCCAUUCCCUGUCAUGCAUUCAGGAGUCACUCAGCUAACUCCCUCUGCCAAGUGCUAUGCAUGUUGGGAAAUUCCUUGGGGUGGGCUAUGCCCCAAGGAGAGCCUCAUGUUUACAGAGCUGAGUGCCUGAGCUAGAUUCACAUUUGCAUCCUUCUAGAACCAAACUGACCAACAGUGGUCCUUCAGAGAGGGGAGAGGGGGCUGACUUCUGACCGCUGGGUUUGCCAGCCCGGCUCAUGGGUGAGAUAUUGACUUGCAUUUCAAGAGACCAGACAAGUCACAAGUAUCAAACAUUCCAAAGAGUGAACAGUGAAGGAGCUGGGGAAGCCACGAUCCCCCUGGACAAGCUGGGUCAGCCAGCCGAGGAAGUUGUCUCAGUUACACAGUAUUCACAGAGUCGGUGGGGUGUGCUAGGGGUGUCACAGUUUCUCCUUGACCUUCUAACUCCUUCUCCUUGAGGACUCUCCCCUCUGAGCUUGCCAACUAGCCAAGGACAAGUGCAUGUGGCCCUAACAUCCUCUUUGUCCUUACCCUUGAUUCUAGAACAGCAACGAUGAGCUUCGGAGGGAUUCUAUAAGAUUGCUCUCUCCUUCACCGCCAUUUAGAAUCAAAACUAAGAGGAUAGAAUUCCACAUUUGAAUGGUCUGUCGAUUUCCAGAGACGGAAUUCCGUUUCAAAAAUCUGUCUCCCUUCCCCCACCCACCAAACAAGCAAACAUAUAUUAUGGACCAGGCCCUGGGCUGGGAACAGACAGACAUGUUCCUGCUCUAGUCUUCUUCCCAAAAUGUGAGAUACAGCCCGGCCAGCAGGCACUGCAAUACCCUGGGCUGUGUACGUGAUGGAGAAAGGUGGGUGGGUGUGGCAGCAGGAGGGGACAUCUAACCCAGACUUGAGAGAGGACAUAGAGGUUGCUGGAGUCCCCAUCAUUCAAUAUGGGAACAAAAGGAAAACGAGCGCUAGCAAAGAGGAGGAAGGAGCAGCAUCUAGGGCAGCAGGAACUGUCUUUGUAAGCUGGAUGGGGGAGGGAGCAUGAUAACACUUAGGAAACUGCAUAGAAACUCUUCUGACCUCCCAAAUGUUGCACUUUGCCCUUCCCCGUGGCUGCUUCUCCCCCAAGUGCCUCAGGACAGCUUCUCCUGGGACACACCGAGGGCCUCGGGGGUGUGUGGGAGACUGGAAGGGCGUCUCCUGAGGGCCUGCCAAACAGCACCCACGUGGAAGGUGCUCCCAAGGCCAGAGACCCUCGGGUGACAGACGAGGAGGGGUACCUGAGACAGGUUGCCACCACGCCGCCCUAGGUCAGGCCAGGGCCAGUGGAGAGCACGGAUAAGGAGCUGGGAGGGAAACGUGUCCUGCCCUGCACUCAGCCUGGGCUUGAGCUGCCUCCCUUCACUCCUUAGUCUUCUGGCCUCCUGGUCACCAUGGCAACCUUUCUCUCAACAGUCCUCCAGGCAUCUCUACCUGGUUUCCCCUGCAUCCUGGGAAAUUCCAUGAAGGCAGGUACCUGUGACAUGAGGGCAUCCGGUACCCUUCUUACCUAAGGAGCCAGAGUUCAGGGGGCUGGUGGACUUUGAGCUUCACCCAGAAUGGUCAUGUCGCUCAUUCAGAGUGGCCAGUUCCUUUAGCCCACCUGCCCCUGCACACAGGGGGUCAGGAUCAACCCUGGGGUGUUGCAAGUGCUAUGCCACUAACUGUAGUUCCGGUGCCCCCAGUGACCGGCUUGCAGAUCAUUUCCUUUCUCUGACGUGAAGGCAGGUUCAGUAGUGGCCCUGUCAUGUCAUUCCUACAUUCCUUGUGAGGCGAACGUGAUAACCACUACACUACGGAAACGCAGCUCCUACAUUCCUUGAUGCUUUCUCGCAGGGGAGCAAAUGCGGUGGUGGUCUCCCAGCUAGCUCAACGGAAAUCCACACUCCCUGUGUCUUGACUCAUCUGCCCGAAAGCUGGUCGUCUGGGCAGAGCUGUGGGAGGAGGCCCCAGGUGGAUGUCACUACCACCAUGUCUUAGUGGAAGGAAGUUCGGGGACAGCCAGGACUCUAGAAAGUGUCCAAGCUCUGGACUCCCUUGCAGUCUGCAGCGAUACUUGCCCACAUUCCCUGCACCUCAAGCUAGUUUUUCAGACAGGAAAGCUCUGAGGACAGCUCCCCAAGCGUCAUGCACCCUUCUUGAGGACAGCUCCCCAAGUAUCAUGCAACCCCCUAUACGGCUGUGGGCCUAGGAGCCCGCCAGCGUCACGUUAAAGGGUUUUGCCAAAGCCUCACCCUGGAAGCCUGAGGUAUGGGUGUGCCUGGCCUGUGAAUACAGCCCAGGUCAGAUGCCGCGUCUCUGCCCAAAGCUCCACCACAUGACCGCGUUUAUGCCCGCGGGUCGGAGAAGGGCCAGCAUCCCUGCUCAGCCAGCUGGAUUGCAUUAUGCCCCAUCGCUCUUCUCCCCGGAGAGAGCAAUUGAAUCUGAGGCCUAAAGGAAUUGAUGUCAUGUUGAAUUGUAUUCAGCAUGCUACUUACCAGUGAAUUCUACUUCUAUUUAACAGUGCCUGCUGUUUCAUUCUGCUCUACCAGAAUUCCUGGGACUGGGUCCACUCAUUCAUUCCUCUAAGCUGCCCCUCUCAUCACCACAUGUCCGCUCCCCCACCCGGGAGCUGCCCAGGAGAAAGGGGGCAGGGUGGGUUUUAUGCAUGGUUCCUCGGGGGCCUCACAGGAGCUGAUGACCCUACUCUCCAUCCCAUCUGUCCAGUAGGGAGGCCACAAUAGAGGCAGAAAAGGCAGCAUCCGAAUGAGUCAGUGGUCCAGGAGACAUGGCGGGGGGGGGGGGGGGGGGGGGCAGGCAGCACCCAGGCCAGCCUGUCACUGUUCCCAGGAACAAGCACAAGGGUGGCAGUUCAGCUCCCGGGCUCCUCAUGCCCUCCUCCUUCCUCCUAAGCCCCCCUUUCUCCCAGCCCAGCCUCUCUGCCCCUCUAGGUCUGCAUCCCGACUCUCUUCACUGGGCUCUGACCAGAUUCCCUAUGUCCUUGACUUUCUGCUUGUCCCAGCUUGCCCUGUCCUCUGAGGGAAAA